AUGAAAAGGGGCGUGGCUGAAGCGGCAGCGAUUGUCAGUGGGCGGGGCUUGUCUAUGAGCCCCGUCCACGCCCCAGGCUUGCCUCGCUGUAUUUGCUGGGGUUCUCAAAGGUGGCCGCUCGCGCACGGCCGAGAGAUCCCGCACGAGAGCGCUCACUCUCAGCUGGUGUUGAUGGAGCCCUCCGAGCAGAAGCAGAAGUACUUUGAUCCAUGGCGUGACUACCUGGGCCUUGCAGACUUGGUCACAUCCAUGCGGAAAGCCAGCUUGAGAGUUCCACAAGUUCCCUCCGAGCAAGCUUCGGGGUUUGGUUGGAAUGAUUGGCCACCACCACCGGUCUCGCCACCUUCGUCAUCAUCGUCACCAUCUUCAUCCUCGUUGCAUAGUGGGAUCAUUGAAUGGCAAGUCUCUUCAGUUCACUUUUCACAUCCUGUGAGCCAUGAGCAUCAAGCAUCACCACCAAUCAGAGACUUGACGUCACCUGGUAGCAUUUCCUAUUCCUACUGGAUGUCAUUGCCAAUCAAACAGGGCAAGCAACGUUCAUGCAACCAUUCAGAAUCACCAGAUAACUUUUUCGGUAUCUACUGGAUGUCAUCGCCAGCCAAACGGAGAAAGCAUGUGGUCAGUAACUGCUCAACAUCACCCAGUAGCGUUUCUUCUUCCUCUCCAGAGGAGAAACAGCCCCAGCAGCAGCAGUGCGGGUUCUGCAGGCAUAACGGCGAGUCGGAGAGUGUGUUCACUUCCCACCGGCUCAAGGAUCGCAGCGGUUCCGUCAUCUGCCCUUAUUUAAGCCGGUACGCGUGCCCACAGUGUGGUGCCACAGGAGCACAUGCCCACACCCGCCGCUUCUGCCCCCUGGUGGACAGCACGUACAGCUCGGUGUACAACAAAUCAGGGGGAAAAGACAAAAAAAGGCAAAAAUAAAAAGAAAAUAAUGUGAGCAUGUGGGCGUUUCGCAAAGAGGUGGUGUUUUACAGAGCUGGAGUUCAGUUGGAUAACUUUGGCCCAAAGUUGAAGACUGUCCAAUGGGAAUGUCCCUCAGCUUGGACAGGCUUGACGUUAAGCUUAAGUCAUCUGGCUGACCUGAGAAAUCCUGCUUUGUGAAAGAUCCC